GGAGACCGUCAUGAGAGUUUACUCGGUUUACCCGGGGAGGGCACAGAAGAAGCCUAUGGCCUUUUGCGCCCGGCAUUGUUUGUACAGAAAGGAUCACGUUCUGGUUUGCCACCGUCCAUUAAGGCCGGCAAACAUCCGGACAGUGGCGCACCACUGCCAGAGCGGCGCUUUAUUCUUGGUGCCAAGUUCACGGGCCCCAUUGACCGAAAGAAAGGGGCCAUGUCAGGAUACUAUACUCCCACACGCGACCCCAAGGAGGCGGUUAUUGGAUUGUAUAAGCCCGUCGACGAAGUGAAUUGGCCACCGUAUACCGGCGCCAACACGUCAACGUAUCGCAAGAGGAAAGGACGCCAAGAUCGCCCACCCGCGACAACAACAACAACAACGACAACAACAACGGCGGCACCCCGGCAGCAACAACAACAACAACAGACAAAAAAGUGA